GGCGCUGUGUUGUGAGUCUGCUGGUAGCAAAGCAAAAGACCACAUUACUGAACACUACACUUCAUUAUUUAAACCAAGCCAUCUUUCUUUAACGUGGGGCUGCACUUUGCGGAAUAUAAUGUCAGAUACGGAGACCAAGCCCUCAAGUGACGGAGGUGAGAAGAAGGAUGGAGAAUAUAUUAAGCUGAAAGUGAUCGGUCAGGACAACAGUGAAAUUCACUUCAAAGUGAAGAUGACGACACAUUUAAAGAAGCUGAAAGAAUCCUACAGCCAGAGACAGGGUGUACCCAUGAACUCCCUACGGUUUCUCUUCGAGGGACAGAGAAUUGCAGACAACCAGACCCCGAAAGAGCUGGGAAUGGAAGAUGAAGACGUGAUCGAGGUGUAUCAGGAACAGACUGGUGGUUGUUGGAAUGACUAGACCUUUAUUUUCAGGCUCUUUAUUUUUAUCUUCAUUUUUGUAUGUAUGACAUUUCUUCUGUUUCCUUUUGCUCUCACCUCAAAGGGAAAUAGAAAAACCAUCUGGAUCAAAUAGAUAUUCUUUUCAGGCUGCUGUUAUAAAGGAAUUAGGGAAGAAUUAAAAAGGAAGGGGGUUGGUGCAAAUAGAAAUAGAAAAUGUUUCUCUAGCCACACCCCUCUUGAAUCAUCCUCUGUCACGUUUUCAUGCUUACCCAUCCCUGUCCUCACGCACCUAUUUUAAAGGAUUCCGGAAUGACGUGAUAAAUUGUCUCCCUCCCUAAGCUGAGUGAGCAGCGUCUCACUUUAAGGGAUUGUUCAUCAAAAAAAGUUGUUUUUUUUAUUUAUUUUUUAAGAUUUACUUUCAGGUUUAUAACAAAGUUCCAUCAAAUUGAAUAGAGUAAUCCUUAUCAAAACAAAAUAACAAAAUAUUUUUGAGUUUUAUCAAUUUAAUUAAGAAGUACACAAUUAUUUGAUGAAAUUUUGUUAUAAAAUUGAAAUGCAUAUAUCCUUAAAAUAGGUUAAAAUAUCUGUUUGAGUGUUGUUUCACUGAGGCAUUGUUCUCUUCUAUGUCGUGGACAUGUUUUAAAUCUUUUGUCAUGGUUAUUAGAAUUCAUUAAAUGCCUUAUUCAUUCAGUCGCUCUUGAAUUGUGUGGAAACAGCAUCUCCGAAAAUCUCAAACUGGUUCAUUUUAAGCAACAGUGAACACAUUGCGACACAAUGCCAUGGGAAACGUAUUGACUAUUUUAGAUUCUGAGAUGUUUAGCGGUGGUUUAUUUAUGAUCAAUUGUUGUCUGAUUUUAAAGUGUAAAAUGUUGCUUCCCUCUUCUUAUGUGUCUGCAACAACUAUGUACAGUUGUACAGUUUAGUUGUGCACUGCGAAUGGGAAGUCACUGUAUUGUGUUGUAACUGACCAGUAGGGAAUUUUUUAUUUUAUUUUGCAUGUUAAUGUCUAAUGUAUAAAAGUUUGUGCUGCCCCUGUUCAAAUGUGUUGUCACCUUCUAUUCUACCUAGUUCUGUAUAUUUAGCUCUCUUUUAGCCACAUUAAUAGACUAAAAACAAACUUUUUACCUGAAUAAUUGUCAGAUGAAUGUUCUUUGAUCAGUACUCAGGGGCAAAAUUCACAAACACAGAAUAAAUACAGAAACAGCAAUGAACAUCUCAUUUUCAAUUCCUUUAAAUCUGUGCGAGAGGGGAGGGAUAUUUGGUCCAGAUGGUUUUUUGUGGAUAUAGGAGAAUUAUUACUUUUCUUUUGUCCCUUUUCUUUUUUUUUUUUUUUUUUUUUU